AUGUGUGUUUAUUCACAACAACAGAAAUCACUUACUCUCCUUUUUUUGUCGAUUUCAUUUGCCUUUUGUCUUUUUAAAGUUUCUUUCAUCAAAUCUUUCUUUAUUUAUUUAAGUAUUCCUUUUCUUUCUUUCUUUCCACUUUUAACUUACCUCCUCUCCUUCUUUUCUCUUUUAAUUUACCUUCCUUUCUUCUUUAUUCCUUUCUUCGGAUUUUUGUUUCUUUUCUCCUGUCUUUUUUCUUUCUUUCUUUCUUUCUUUCUUUCUUUCUUUUCCAUUCUUUUCUUUCUUUCUUUCUUUCUUUACUGCUGCGAGCCAAUCGUUUCCAUUAUCUCUCAGCUCAUUCAAUCCACCACCUCUCUCGAUUUUCGACUGCCUGUUAUCCGAAAUUGCCGGAUAAACGAGCAGGUUUUAGUAGUAAUCUAUCUAUCUAAGCUUGUUCUUUCUUUCUUUCUUUCUUUCUUUCUUCCCACUUUUUUCACAUCUAUCCCGCCAUCUCAACUGGUUCUAUCUAUCUAUCUAUCUAUCUAUCUAUCUAUCUAUCUAUCUAUCUAUCUAUCUAUCUAUCUAAAACUCUUUCUUUCUUUCAUUCGUUCGUUCGUUCUUUUUUCGCAGUCUGUUCUAUCUAUCUAUCUAUCUAUCUAUCUAUCUAUCUAUCUAUCUAUCUAUCUUAUGCAGCUUGUUCCCUCUCUCCAUCUUUCUCUCUCUCUCUCUCUUUUCUCUCUCUCUCUCUCUCUCUGCAUCUAUCUAUCUAUGCCUUUUAUUUAUUUAUUUAUUUAUUUCUAUCUCAGUCUUCUCACAUCUAUCCAUCUCAGUUUGUUCUCUCCCACCUCCCCUCUCCCUCUCCCUCUGUCACUCGAUAUAUGUAUAUAA